UCGUCGGAAAACAGAUAGUUUGGUUAAAUGUUGAUUAACGUCUUUGAAUAAGAAACAUGAUAAAUCUACAGAUUAUUUAUGAAAUAUUUUGUUGAAAAAAGUAUGGUCCUGCAGAAUACAUUAAGAAAGUUACUAGCCGGUGUGACAACAGUGCAGAGAAUUAGUUGCUUUGCCACAUCAGCUCUCCACAUGAAUGAUGUCAAAAUAUCAGUAGUUCCACAUGAGGCAUUAGUGGAUGAACGUGUCCACAUCAAGGUGGAUGGCUUACCAAAGAAUGGCCCUGUUACGAUCAAAGCCUCUCUACAAGAGGGUAGCAAUAGAUUUGCAUCAUAUGGUUGUUACACAGCAUCAGAGCAGGGUCAUGUGACAGUGGAGGAUCAAGCUUCUGUACAGGGGACAUAUACAGGUUUGGAGCCCAUGGGUUUAUUUUGGAGUAUGAAACCUGAACCGUCUUCCCGACAGAACAUAAGAUUUCUGAAAAAGGAUGUGACUUCUCCUAUUGUUGUGACAUUGUCAGUGAUUGAAGGUCACCACUCUUGGGAAACUUUGUUUGAUCCACCCCCGAAGCCUCUAGCUACAUUAGAUGUAUAUAGAUGGUACAAAGACAGGAAUGUUAGAAGAGAGAGAGUUAGCAAUGGAAACAUCAGGGGAGCACUCUUCAUUCCCCCUG